CCAUGGGGGGCAGCCUGCGGGUGGCGGUGCUGGGCGCCCCGGGCGUGGGCAAGACAGCCAUCAUCCGCCAGUUCCUGUUCGGUGACUACCCCGAGCGCCACCGGCCCACGGACGGGCCGCGCCUCUACCGGCCCGCGGUGCUGCUCGACGGCGCCGUCUACGACCUGAGCAUCCGCGACGGCGACGGUGCUGGCCCCGGUCAGAGCCCCGGGGGGCUAGAGGAGUGGCCGGACCCUAAAGACUGGAGCUUGCAGGACACGGACGCCUUCGUGCUCGUCUAUGAUAUCUGCAGCCCAGACAGCUUUGACUAUGUGAAGGCGCUGCGGCAGCGCAUCGCGGAGACCAGGCCGGCGGGCGCACCCGAGGCGCCCAUCCUUGUGGUGGGCAACAAGCGGGACCGGCAGCGGCUGCGGUUCGGGCCUCGGCGCGCACUGGCUGCGCUAGUGCGCAGGGGCUGGCGCUGUGGAUACCUCGAGUGCUCGGCCAAGUACAAUUGGCACGUGCUGCGUCUCUUCCGCGAGCUGCUGCGCUGCGCUUUGGUGCGCGCACGCCCUGCGCAUCCGGCUCUGCGCCUGCAGGGGGCGCUGCAUCCGGCGCGCUGCAGCCUCAUGUGAUUGAAUUGGACGACACGACCGAUGGCGGGGAGGGGUCCUCCAUUUGACUGGAACAACUGGGGACCCGGAUUGGACGAGAUUGCCCAACUUCUCUCGGAUUGGACAGGACAGCCUCCUCUCUGAUUGGCUGAGGAACACUCCCACCCAGUCUCCUGGGCGACAGGCUUCUCUUUGAAUCUCAUUGGACCCAGCUAGGCCCCAUUGGACAGUCCUUUCUGGGACCUCAUUGGGUCACGAUCCCAUUGGAUGGAAGGGACGUGGUUAUGCAUCUGAUUGGAAGCUCUCAGACUGCUCUUGGAGUUCCAUUGGACAAACAGUUAAAUCCCGCCUCUCAGGAGGAAAUAAAGGGGGAAACAACUCAA